AUGGCAGUGGCGCUGGUGUCACCAUUGAUGAUCGAAGCAACGCUGCGGCACGCCGUGGUGAAUUUGUGCGUGGAGUUUCCAGCAAGUGCUGUGCCGAGGGUUCUCACCAAAGACGAGCUUACCUCCGUACAGGAGGCCCUUGGGGAUGAUUUGGUGUUUCAGAGCAGCGUGGAUUUGGAGGACGUCAAGAUUUCUGAGGGGAUGAAGGUCCUAAACUCACGGAAGGCGAUACAAGAGGCAAAAAUGCCCUUGACGCUGCGGUUCUACCAGCCGAUGCGGAGGCCUGCUUGGCUGAAGUCACAUUGGUGGCGGAGUCUGGACCUGGCACGUGCCAUCUUACUCAGAGCUCAAGGUCCCAUCCUGCUGUGGGGCUGGUCAACACUUACCCUGACUUUCAUGGCAAGCCUCGUCUCGCCAAUGUGGUCGCGGAAAGAAUUCGCAAUGUAUCGAUCGUGUUUGGAAAAGUUGGUGGUGGUUCCCAGCUGGACUGCUGUUGCUUGGUUUUUGCACCGCUUGGUGCGUUUGUGGGGACAACGUGUCUCGAGAGGAAGAGCUGAGCUGAGCGACGUCAUGGGAAUGCAGUCCAGUCUCAGGGAGGCCCGAAUUAAUGCUUUGCAGACUUCAAUGAAGGUCUUGCUAUGGGCUUCAUAUCUGUUCGCUCUGCUUUGGCAUGGUGGAAUUCAACUGAGCCAGCUCCUUUUGAUUCCUGGGACGACUGCUGUUGUCAUUGGUUGGGUUGGCCGUGAAAUUGUUUGCAACAUGAUCAGCGGUGUGGUUCUACAUUUGACGCAGCCAUUCGCUCAAGGUGACUGGAUCUCGCUCACAGAUGAAGACAUUGAUGGCUGGGUCCAAGAUGUUGGGAGCUUCUACACCAAGGUGGUGCAGUGGGACAAGCGUCCCAUCUAUGUGCCAAAUGGUAAAUUGAUGUCGUUGAACGUUCAGAACAACUCCAGAAUGACACAUCGGCGAAUUAAGUAUGAGUUGAAGCUCAGGCUGCAGGACAUUCCCAAGAUUUCCACAAUUGUGCGAGAUAUACAGGAGAUGCUCGCUGAGCAUGAAGACAUUGACAAUGUGCAGCAUCAAUUGGUGCGAUGGCGAGGAGUUGGAGAGUACUCAGCGGAUAUUUGGCUGUCCUGCUAUACAAAACCCACCAUUGAGGGAAUCCGCCUGAAAACCUACACAGCCACGCAGCAAUCAGUCCUGGAGAGGUGCUCGCAAAUCGUCUACAAGCACGAAGCCGCCUUUGCAUCUUCGACGGACCGUAUUCAAUACCCUGGAGGUGGUACUGGAGGAUCAAAGGGAGCGAUGUCUAUUGGCCAACUCUUCCAAGAUACCUUCAAUGGGGCUCGAGAGUCUCAGUUGGAAUCUCGAGAACAGGUGCUUCGGCAGAGAGAAAAGGACAUCAAAGAGCUUGAAAGGGAGUUGGAGCAGAAGGGCGAGGAGCAAGCCAAAGCUGAGAAAGAGAUCCAAGCAGCUCGGGAGAAGCUGCAGUUGGAGAUGCAAAAGGUCGAGAAGCAGAAGGCGUUGCAAGAGGCUGCAGCGGCCGAGGAAGCAGCUGUCGCAGAGCUUCAAAAUGAAGAAGUGCAACAGGCUCAAGCACAGGCUCAAGCGGAAAGUGCUCCUUGGCCAACGCCCGGGCCUGACAUUGUGAGACGAUGUGUGACUGGACACAAUGGAGAGGAACCAUGGAGGGGUUUGAGCGGCCGUUUGAAGAUGUUGCUGAAGAGCAAGUCUUUAGAAAGCGUGAGACGGUCCCGGAGUCUCUUGAAGAAAAUGUCGAACACGAGGUGCCACACGCAAGAGAAAAUGUGGCAUCAGAGUGGAAGGAAGGAAGCGAACACAGCCAUGUCGAAGGUGGCGAGGCCCAUGCUGGGACCUGUUGCUGCUGAUAUGGAGUCUGAGCUCAAAGCAACAACAUCAAAGGCCAAGGACAAGGAGAGCAAAAACAAUAAGAACAAGAACAAUGUGGAGAGGUUGAGCCAGGAGCAGAAAUCGGAGGUCCUGGCAGCUGUGAAGAACGGCGAAGAUGAAGAUGAGGCUGAGAUGCUUCGAAUUCCGGUGAAGGAGAUGGGUGACUGAGACUUGGCGCCACCGAUAGCGCCAUUGCAGCAUUCACGAGGCCAGCAACAGAAUGCUGGGUAGGACCGGUAGGAAUGGGCAACAUGGGCAUCUUUGUUGCAGGG